UCGUAGUGGCUCAACAGGUCAGCACUACUAGACGCCACUGAUCUUGCCUCCAGUCCAGAGCCGGCCUCUCGACCUCCCCUGGCUUAAGUGCCUUGGAGUAGAAGGUUCAUGCUCCACGCAUACAGCUCGGUACGUCAGUCUACAACUUUAACUUGAGUAAGGGUAUUGUCUAUGGCUGCAUCGUACCUGGACUCCCCGCAUACCUGACUCUUGGUUCCCAUCCAUGGGCUGGUCAUUUGCUGCCGGCCACACAGCCAAUGAUUGGCUGAGGGAAACAGAGUUCUGAGAUGAAAGCCAACAUCUGAAGGGAUGCCCUCCACCGAUUGCGUCGGAUAAAGAUGCAUUAAGGAAAGACGGCAAGGCAUGAAGUGGGACGAGAUGAACAUUCUUGCCACACAUCAUCCAGCAGACAAGGACUACGGCCAUAUGAAGAUUGACGAGCCCCCAACUCCCUACAGCAAGUACUCCGACCCUGAAGAUGAGGAUGGAGAAGGGGAGAGAAGGGGCAGUGUAGGCAAGGGUGAUCUACUCGACCCAUCAGUUAUUGCUGCAAAAUUAACUGAAUCUCAAGAAGCAGAGUUAGCAAAGGAAGAAGAAGAAGACUCUGAAGGAUCUGAUGACGAAGAUGAUCUUAAGUUUGAAUCUCCAGAAGAUCAAGACCAUAGAAAGGCUUUUGAAUUGAAACGGAAAAUCCACUAUAACGAGUUCCAAGCAGUGCAGCUAGCAAAGAAGUUGAUGGCUGAGGAUGAAGAUGAGGAUGAGGAUGAAGAGAAAGAGUCAGUAGAAAUGGACAAUGAUAGUAGGGAAAGCAAGCCAGUGGAUGACUCAGGGAACUGAAUUAUACCUCUCCUAGGCAACACCAGGUCCCUUGAAGUUGGCAACACCUCAUGGGUUAUAUACAAGCAAUUGAUUGGCUAUAUCUCCAUGUCAUGGUAGUCACUGCUACGCUGUAGGGCGACAGUAGUUGGCUUUGCUCUCUUUCACUCUCUCUCUCUCUUUGAUAGAGACAACUGUUGUCUCACACGCCAUCAUGAGACCAUCAAGCAUUGUACUGAUGUCAAAAAGUGACAAACCCAACUGUUAUCUUAAAAUCAAGUUUAGAUAUUUUUUUUUCAGAGAGAACUCCUCAGAACAAAAGUGUCAAGGUGCUUGAUAUGAACAUAUGUCAUAUAUCAUAAUUAAUUUGGUUACAUAUUAUUGAUAUGAUAUUAUCAUGAUUAUUCAUGUGAUAUUAUGAUUAUUGAUAUAUUAUAAUUAUUGACAUAUCACAAUUAUUGAUUAGAUAUUUUCAUAAUUAUUGAUAGGAUAUUAUCAUGAUUAUAGUUGAUUGGCAAACUUUCAGUCAUAUUUUUAUAAUGAGUUAAGACCCACUGUACAAGCUGAUGUUCAGGUUCAAGAUAAAAUGUUAAAUCAUAGAAGUCCAUAAACAAUGCAAUAUGAUGAUCAUGAUCAUGAAGAACUGUUAGGUUUGUGAACAGUAGCUAUAUCUUCGUAAUGUUGAUGAAAACAGAUGAAAAUCAUGAACACUUAUUGAAGGUAUACAAAUGGAUUUUGUUAGAAUGUCUGAUGUAAAUGAGUAGUGUUUUAUACUUACAAAUAUUGCCAGAAUUGUCUUCCCUUGCUUUCAACAUGUUCAAGCAUUCCCAGUAGUUCUCCUAGUUCAAUCAAUUUAUCAAAGUGCUUCAGUCCUAGGUUAUCACAGCACAAUAAGAUUAUUGUACAUUGUUAUGAUCAUAAAAUGACACUCAGCACCAAAUAUGUUUUGUAUAAAUGUUGCUCUUAAGGUGUGACUAUGUUUAUACAUGGAUAAUGUAGUGGAAGAAAUCAAUUCAAUGUACUGUGCUAAUUAUUUAAUAAUUACAGGUAAUCUUUCCUUCCAAUGAUCCUCCUACUUUACAACUCUGACUCUGAGAGAAGGAAUGACUGGCCCAGUAUUAUAUACAGCAGGAAGUAAUUUCGUAAAAGCAAUCACAGCCUUCUUGAUUCACUGCAUUGUUUGUAGACAUGUACAGGUUAGUUAACUUAUAAUAAAACUGAAUUAAUGCUUCAAGCACUCUUGUGCCCCAGAUACCUCUGCUCCCAAUACACCCCACACUCCCGGCAUCCAAGCACCUAGCACUCCAGUACCCAAUUUACCCUUGCAUGCCAUAUUCCUCAGCACUCUAAGUCCUCAGCACCCUAUACACCCCAGCAGCCAUACACCCGAGGCAUCUCAUACAUCCCCUGCACCCCAUGUCACCCCAUACACCCAUACACCCCAUCACCCAUACACCCGAGGCAUCUCAUACAUCCCCUGCACCCCAUGUCACCCCAUACACCCAACACCCAUACACCCCAACACCCAUACACCCGAGGCAUCUCAUACAUCCCCUGCACCCCAUGUCACCCCAUACACCCAACACCCAUACACCCCAACACCCAUACACCCGAGGCAUCUCAUACAUCCCCUGCACCCCAUGUCACCCCAUACACCCCAACACCCAUACACCCGAGGCAUCUCAUAAAUCCCCUGCACCCCAUGUCACCCCAUACACCCAGCACCCCAUACACCCAUGGCAUCUCAUACAUCCCAAGAACCCUGUACACCCCACCAACCCACAUACCCACACAUCCACACACCUCUACCCAUUAGAUGGCUUUUUAUUUCCAAGACCAUUAAAUAACAUAUUAAUUCCAACUGGUAAUACCGUAGUCAACCUACACGCUGGCAUUCAACUGUUUCUCAAGACAUUGCCUGCUUGGCCAGAGAACAAACUGAUUUGAUUGUUAUAAGUUGUGUUUUGAAUUUGUAUCAUGGCAUGGUGUUUAAAUAUUAUAACCCAAAGUAAACCUUAACGAUGUCAUGACAUGAGGUCAUUGUCAUCUCUCAAGUAUACCAAUUAGUGGUUAUUCCAAUGUCACAGUGACAUGUGUCAAGCAGCUGUCAAACAGGAAUAAACUAUAGCUUUGAAGUAUGACAAUACCAAAGAGGGAUGUGAAUGUUGACGAAGAUUUAUGCAUCAUCAGACCUGCAAUUUACCAUUGAUGGCAGUGUAUAUUGUUACUUAUCCUGUCAAGUGUUUGGAUGAAAUAGAUCAGUGGGGAUAUAUUUUUCAGUUGUAAUGUUGAAGUUGCAUAAUGUUUGUCACGUUUUUAAAAUCAGAAAGUCAAAUGCCAAAAUAAAUGAUUUUUUUGUCAAAUUGAUACAAUUUACAGAAUCACAAAUGAAAUGCAAGCUCAACAUAAUGUGUGUUUAUUUUAGGAUAGGCAAUUUGACAAAGUUUACCUGUCAUCUUUUGUGUCUGUUACCUUUCAUUGUUUUAUAUUUUUGAGAAAAUAUCCUACCACUUAAGUUAUUUCCUCCUCAUGUUUGUUCCAUUUGUUUGCACAGAGGAAACAACAUACACCGCAGACAUCGGAAACGACUUUAUUAUAUGGACAAACAAGUACAUAUAAACAAUGACAUUACUGCUGGAGGAUUUGAUUGAGCUCCUUUCAGCAUGAAAACCUUGAGAUAAGUUCAGCUAGUCCACAAUUCAUUCAGACCAUUGGUAUAAGGUGCGUCAAUUCCCUGUGCAGAGUUGCAUCCCUUAGGUGUGCCAGAAACCUAUGAUUGUUGGUUUGAAUCCUGAUUCACCCCGACUGUUUCUAGGUUUGUCAGCAUGGGUUUCACCAAAGUGGUUGACAUCACUUCAGGUUUUCCUCCCACAUCAAGCUGACAUGCUCAAAAAUACUGUUUAAUUUUGGUAAAUAGAUUUAAAGAUUAUUUUAUUAUUUGUAACCAAUCCUGGAAGUGUGGGAGACAGUGGAAUCUGUCUAAACUGGACUUGCAUUAGGCCAUCAUUUAAGUCUGGGUUAGACAGCAAUCCGUAUAAAACGGAAAUCUGAUUCUAGCAGGAGUUAUGUACCUUUGUGUUUUACACACAAUAUGAUGACUAAGAUCAAAGACAUAUUUACAGUGUGCAAAAUUAAGCAGGAAUGUCAAGGGACCUUUGAUGUAACCUUAAUGUUAAAUGUUAGCGACUUAGCGGGUUCCCUGGAUUCAGACACCAUGGGAUAUCUAAAGCACCCAAUGAUCCCCUUCAUUUCGAACAUUGUCAAUCACAACACUUUGUGUUAAAUGUUUGACUCUGAAGUAAUUGUGAAAAGAAAUCAGGAUUAGAGAGCAAAUAUGUGAAAAAAAGGCCCUUUGUCCCACAAUUUCAGUCUGGAAUUGGCAGAUAACUUGAUCAAUUAAAUUAAAUCCUGGACCUUGAAUUAGGUCCAUUAUUGAAAGAAAUCUGGAUCAGUCAGAAUCAUGUUUGGACAGUUUCCACUGUGUGUAGUAACCACAGCUAGAUUAUCGGAUGACAGCUUUGAUAUUCUCUUGCCCAGUGUAUGGUAUGUCUUGAUAUAUCUGCAAUAUCUAUGUGAAGUACUCCUAGUCACUAUCAACUACAUGGGCAAUGACUGUAUCUUGCCAUAGAUAUACGCAUAUAAUCAACAUCAUUGUAUUCUGUAUAUUAGCAUGUAUACAUAGCUAUGUAUCCCCGUAAACAAAUCAAUCAUGCUUUUCAAAUGCUUGGAAGCCACAAGCUUGGUGUUUUCAACAGAUAUAUUCUUUGGUUUUUUUAUCAUGUUGGUGUGAGAAUAGGAAUAGAUUUUGACUUGUUAAUGAAGACAGAGACAGAAAGCAUUUAUUGGAAGAAGGAGUCGAUUUUGAACAUGCAUUCUCUGCAGAAUGCUGUUAUGGUUGAUAUACCUUGUAUGUUUAUAAUGUAUAACUUUAUACUUUGAGCUUUUACUACAGUCAUGUAUAAACCGUGAUGUCUGUCUACCUGUACAAUGAAUAAUGAUACUUACUAGCUUGAGAUGUAUCAAAAUCACAUUAUUUUUUAAACAUUUAACUUAGGAAUGACUCAUGCUGUCAAGUUUCACAUAAAUCACUCAUCUUGAGGUCGGGACGUGAUCUGUUCGUAGUGUUACUAGCAGUAUUAUUGCUCAAACCCUCUGUGUUUCUAUGAACUGAAUUACAAGGUACAUUGAAUCUGAACAGUCAUUCUUGACAGACAAGCCCUCUUGAGCAAUGCUUAUCCCCAAAGUAAUCAAAUUUUAAUCAGUUUGAUACAUUUCCAUUUUUGUUUGUGGGGUGUGAACACUGCAGUUUGCCUUGUGAAGUUGCCUCCCUUAGCCCAUACAAGGAUCUUGAGUUCAAAUCCCUAAUUUGCCAGAUUACGAUCCUUGGCUUGUCAGUCCCAUUCUCCUGUGUUCAACCAAAACAUAAACCACCUGUAACUCUUCCCUCACUCAGCCCACACUUAACAUAUUGUUGUAAAUGAUUUAAACCUAAUUCCCUCAUGUUGUUUGUAUUUGAGGAACUGUAUUUAAAGAAUUUUUUUUUUUUAAAUCUGAAAAGUGACGAACGUUUUUGAUUCCUGUCUUUUACUGACUAAAGGACAGAAAAUAUUAAUUACAUUAGUUUUGACUUACAUAACUGUUUUGAGGUGUCAAAAAUGAAAAUUGCAAUAAAUCAGUUUUUCACGUAUCCUAUUCUACUCAACUAGAAUGUCAAAAAUGUAUUGUUCACAAGAGGUAUUAUUUUUUGGGAUACAGAAUCACCAUCAAACACUGGUGAAUUUUGACACAAUUUUGUGGGAGAUAUUGUAAUUUUAAGUGGUUAAGAGUGUGCAAUGUUACUGUGAACCUCAUCAUUUUUGUAUUUAUUAUUUUUGAAUUGACAUAUCACUCUAGUUCAAAGUGUUUGUUUUACACUUUGAACUUGAUCUCAUCGACAUCGAUUUUCAUAAUUCUUGAACGGAUAACCAUGAGGCUUAAUAUUUUUGCAUCUUUAGUAAAGUCAUUUUUAUAAAGCAUUAUCAUCAGGGCAAGAAGAAAUCUUGUGCUUCUGUGAUGUUAAGUUACCUAGUAACUGUGGUAACAGAUAUUCACUGAUUAAUUUCUACACACUUGUGUUUACUUGUUUUGUUAUGAUGUAAGAUUAUACAUAUGACACAUUCUCUAAACACGGUGCAAGAAAAUGUGGGUAAUAUUGUUCUGACCAUGCUGACCACCAUUCCACAAAGUGAUCUAAGAAGAUCGUAACUCCCCUACUUUAAUUUGGUUAACGUAGACUUACGACAAUCGUGGCACUAAAAUUGUUUGAUGGAAUGGAGUCCUGAGCCUCAUUCUGUUAGUGGAACUUAGCACCACAACCAUCAUGUUGUUUGUUUGUUUGUUUGUUUGUUGUUGAAAGCCACAGCCACAUGAAGGCGGUCUGUAAAUAAUCAAAUCUGGACCUGAAAAUCCUGUUAUUGACAUCAUGAGAAUUGAUCUAUGCAUUUGGAUGCUUCAACCAAGUCAGCAAGUCUGACCACCCAAUCCCUGCUGAAGACCAAUUCUUACCCUGAUCUUCACGUGAUUGUAAGUUGAUGUUAAAGUAUCAGUUUUGUAACAGUCGUAGUGCUAAGAUCACACGUGGAGCAAGGCCUGAUGUGUUGAUGCUUAACUACCCCUAUUGUUUACUUAUGCAGUUGUUUGGGUGAAAGUAAAUGGUGAACAGAAACGAGUUUACGUUGGUGAACCAAAUGGCAUUUCUUUUUGUAAUGAUAUGCAUACAAACAUGAAAUAUAUUUAUAUCAGUGACUAUUGUAGAAUAUGAUGUGGAAUGUUUCCCCAAGUCAUGAAUAACUAUGAUGACAUAAGCAUAAGUACACUUUGUUGUUGGUUAUAUCAUCAUAUGGACAUUUUACUGUUUGUUAACCAGAAACUGUUACAUGGUGGUGCUCUGGUGCAUUGUCGUUCACUACAGGUUUCAGUAAUCAGUGUGUUUUGUAACAAUGUAUGGUUUUCAGUGCUUUUGAUACCAUGAUGUGUUUAUCUUCUCCUGUGUGAUGAUCCUGAUUUGUAACUGCUCUGUAUUAUGACCUUGACUAAAAUGUGUCCAUCCAGA